AUGAUAGGAGACACAAUGACGCUGUUGUCUCUUUUGGGUCGGAUCAUGCGCUAUUUUUUACUCAGACCAGAGACCUUAUUUCUGCUAUGCAUAAGCCUGGCUCUUUGGAGUUAUUUCUUUCAUACGGACGAGGUGAAGACCAUUGUCAAGUCCAGCCGAGAUGCCGUGAAAAUGGUUAAAGGUAAAGUGGCGGAGAUUAUGCUGAACGACCGACUCGGGGGUUUGGACGUCCUAGAAUCGGAAUUCUCCAAAACCUGGGAGUUCAAAAAUAACAAUGUCGCGGUGUACUCCAUCCAGGGUCGGCGAGACCACAUGGAGGAUCGUUUUGAAGUCCUCACCGACAUUGUCAACAAGAGCCAUCCUUCGAUAUUUGGGAUUUUUGAUGGCCAUGGCGGCGAGACUGCUGCUGAUUUUGUGAAGGCUCACCUGCCGGAUGCACUCCGGCACCAGCUGCAGGCCUAUGAAAAGGAGAAACGGGAGAGUCAGCUCUCCUACUCCUCCAUACUAGAGCAGCGUAUCCUAGCCGUGGACCGAGACAUGAUCGAGAAGUUCUCUGCCACUCACGAUGAAGCAGGAACCACAUGCUUGGUGGCUUUGCUGUCUGACCGUGAGCUGACUGUGGCCAAUGUUGGUGACUCUCGGGGUGUUCUGUGUGACAAGGACGGGAAUGCUGUAGCCUUGUCACAUGAUCACAAGCCCUACCAGCUAAAGGAACGCAAAAGGAUCAAAAGAGCAGGUGGCUUCAUAAGCUUCAAUGGCUCAUGGCGUGUUCAGGGCAUCUUGGCAAUGUCGCGUUCACUCGGUGACUACCCACUGAAGAACCUCAACGUGGUAAUUCCUGACCCAGACGUGCUGACUUUUGACUUGGACAAACUUCAGCCGGAGUUUAUGAUCUUGGCUUCAGACGGCCUGUGGGACGCCUUCAGCAACGAGGAGGCCGUCCGUUUCGUCCGGGAGCGUCUUGAUGAGCCACUUUUCGGCGCCAAGAGCAUUGUGCUGCAGUCCUUCUACCGCGGUUGCCCUGACAACAUCACCGUCAUGGUGGUCAAAUUCAAGAGCAGCGCUGCGGGAAAAGCAGGGGAGUAG